UGCAGCCUCUGUGGCCUGCAAUUAGAUUGUAAACUUGGGUCGCUUUUCUGUUGAUCUAAGGCCUCAUCGCCACCCUCCGGGUCGGACCAGGCUGAGGGAUCGCAGGUAUAAGAUAAGACAGCCGAUAAUUUACAAAGUAAAGCAACACCCCCAGAACUGACGCUGAAGAUGGACGAACCAAAAGAAAAGAAACAACAAAACGACGUUAGUGUAACUGUAAGGCGCACAUCUACUCUUGGCAGCUUAUGGAAAAUGCACCAUCUCCGGAAAAAUGCCUCGACAGGUGAGCCAUGCAAUAGAUCUAACCAUCUGUGCUAACGCUUUCUUUAGCUUCAAAGCUCAAAGUUCCAAACGAUUUCGUCAUCACUCUAACCGCUCUACUCGGCGAUACUUCUGAAAGCUGUCAAUAUGAUGCGCGUUGGUACGAUUGCUGGGUCCGUUACCAGAUGGAAUUGCAGCCCCGAGAGCUCUACUCUGUCCUUCAAGAACCUGCAGCAAACAUAACCGACAUCCCAAUGUUAACCUUUACCACCGUAUGGAAAGAAGUAUGGGCUCAGGCUUCAAUGAUCGACUCCAGCAUCGACAGCAUUGUAACUCAUAUGGUCAGUGAGAAGUUGAUGUGGUUAGGAAACGAAGCCAACGCUUUAAGCAACGCGAGGAACCUUGUUUUCGCCAUCAUUGGGUGGCAAACAAUGUUGUAUAAGCCAGAUAUGGGGUCUUGUCGCCCAGAUCAGCUGGUAAUUGUUGACGAGACUGAUGGACACCGUGGUUAUGCCUACGCGGAAUUGCGUCAAGACCAAGGUGCGUCGAGAAGAGCUUUGUACGAGUUUCUCAUGGGAUUUGGCGUACUGCUACCAUGUUACAACAUCGGUGCAUUAGCCUCGGAAGAUAAUAAGCAAGCGUCGAUAAAACCAAAAACUCUAUCGCCAGACUCUUUCAACGUUCAUCUUCUUACCGGUUUGGGUGGUAUCCAGAUCAGAUGGACCGAUAGUCUGGCAUGUCACCUCGAGUUUGACGCCAACUCAAGUACGCUUUUCCUUUUCCGAUUUCCCACAUUUUGCGCAAUCAACUUGCUCAGCCAGGACAAAGGCCACAUUAAACCGACACUCCAUUCUUGCGCAGCCCCAUCUAUGGCUGCGUUGUACUGGGCAACUCACGAAGACGUCAACGACUUGCUCCGAGAGACCUUACUUUCUUAUCGCCUACUUUUCGGACAGAACAAAGCGUCUCGGCGUCUCUUUCGCUCAUUGAGCCCGUUUGAAGACUUGCCUGGAGGAUGCAAUGACCGAAAUCUAACGGAAUUAUGCAGUAGAAAACAGAACUGCUUCGUGGAUUGGUUGCCAGAGUCUGAAUUCUACGUCCUGAGUAAAGACUUUCCUAUCUUGCGAAGUAAAUUGGCGGUACUUGCGCACCACCUUUCCAACAAACGUCCAAGGACCUGGAGAGAACUUUGGAAUGAUAAAAGAGAUUCAGCAUCUUGGUUCACAUUCUGGGCUGUCUUGAUCAUCGGAGGAAUGGGCAUUAUCCUUGCCUUUAUGCAAGUCAUUCUCCAGAUUGUGCAAAUCAGUCUCCAAAUGAAGACGCCUUGA